CAACUGUGAUGGCGUGGAAGGACUUCCACCUUGGCAGGCUUUUCCAAGUCAGCUCAACACUCUCCCAGAUUUCUCCCUUUUCAUGUCCAAGCUGCUCCCACAGGUCCUCCUGCCAGCAAGGAAACAGAGACCUACAGUCCUCUGCUGGGGGAUGAAAUAUUCAGUUUGAUGGCUCGGGAGGGUGACGCUUCCUUCCUUGUCCCAGCCCUACUAUAAAGAGGAGCCUGAGCAUUGGCAGUGGCCCCACAAGGCUGCAGAUUGCGCUAAACAGAUCAGCAACAAGGUGGUCCUGAGGAUACUGGUCUGCACUUGGUAAGGAUGCAGGCCUGUGUGCUAUGGUGGCUGGCCCUUGGCAUUCUGCUGGGGAUUCCUGCAGGAGCCAAGCCGAUGCCAGAGGAAGCAGAUCCCAACACACAGCCACCAGCCAUGCCCUACUGGCCCUUCUCCACCUCUGACUUCUGGAACUACGUGCAAUAUUUCCAGACCCAGGGUGCCUACCCACAGAUCGAGGACAUGGCCAGAACCUUCUUUGCACACUUUCCUCUGGGAAGCACCCUAGGCUACCAUGUUCCCUACCAGGAAGACUGAGAAGUGUCUAGUCUGCUGCCUGCCUGGCUGCGCUGCCUGGGGCUGAAGGUGGUUCAGAGACACAGUGGUGGGCAAGGGUGAGGCUCGUACUCAAUAAACCCCCUCUGAAGAUGCA